AUGUCAACAUUCGGCCAGUACUUCCGCGUGAGCACAUAUGGAGAAUCACACGGCAAAAGCGUAGGAUGCAUCGUGGACAAUUGCCCGCCUGGCCUGCAGUUGACGGAAGAUGAUAUACAACCUCAGAUGACCAGGCGAAGACCUGGCCAGUCCGCACUCACGACGCCUCGGAACGAGAAAGACAAAGUAGAGAUACAGUCCGGCACGGAAUUUGGCGUGACACUAGGCACACCCAUUGGCUUGCGGGUAUUGAACGAAGAUCAGAGACCGCACGACUAUGGCGGAGGCGGCAAGAACAUCGAUGCUUUUCCCAGGCCGAGUCAUGCGGACUGGACGUAUUUGGAGAAGUACGGGGUGAAGGCUAGCAGUGGAGGAGGCAGGAGUAGUGCGAGAGAGACCAUUGGCAGAGUGGCUGCGGGUGCAAUCGCCGAGAAGUACUUGAGGGUUGCGUACGGUGUGGAGAUUGUGGCUUUCACCUCAAGCGUGGGAUCUGAGUUCCUCUUCCCGCCUUCCAGGGAGCAUCCGACUGCAUCGACUAACCCGGCCUUUUUGGACUUGAUCGACAAGGUGACGAGGACACAGGUGGACGAAUUCUUGCCCGUACGAUGUCCGGAUGCUACGGUGUGUAAGCGGAUGGAGCAGGUGAUUGCGGACUUUCGCGAUCGGCACGACAGUAUAGGCGGCGUAGUGACUUGUGUGAUACGGCAUUGUCCCAGCGGACUAGGCGAGCCGUGUUUCGAUAAGUUAGAAGCUACGCUGGCGCAUGCUAUGCUGAGUCUACCUGCGACGAAGGGUUUCGAAAUCGGCUCUGGAUUUGGUGGCUGCGAAGUGCCGGGCUCGAUACACAACGAUGCUUUUGUUAAGGCCCCUGCUACGGCAGCUCCUCUGGGACGCUCGAAGCCUAAGCUAACCACGAAGACGAACAACUCAGGCGGCAUACAAGGCGGUAUCACGAACGGGGCGCACAUUUACUUCAAUGUUGCUUUUAAGCCUCCCGCAACCAUUGGCCAGAUGCAGGAUACGGUUGGCUAUGAUGGUGAGGCAGGUGUCUUGGAGGCAAAAGGAAGACAUGACCCAUGUGUGAUUCCGAGAGCUGUGCCAAUUGUGGAAGCUAUGGCGGCAUUAGUCGUGAUGGAUGCUGUCCUGGCCCAGAGUGCGAGACAAACUGCCCGAAGUCUGCUGCCUGUCUUGCCGAUGACGAUACCUGUCUCGCAGUCGGAGAAGGGCGUUGGCGCUGCAAACGGACAUCAGUGA